GCAGCACUAGCAGAAGAUGCAUGGCAUGUUAAAGUCAAGGCCGGGAGGAGUUAACGUGAUAGCGAAUACUUGGAAGUCCGCGGACACUGGACAAGGAAAACAAGAGGCACCGAAUUGAUGAGAAGCAAAGAAUGAGCAUGAGCACCAGCAUGGAGGUUGCCACUGUGCGAAAUGCCGAAGCUCUAUUCGAAACUCGUCGGAUUGUGGAAAUCAGGGAAGUGGAAAGCCAAACGAGGAAAGAAAUCGAGGAGAAGCAGGAGGAUCUCCGCCAACUGGUGGGACACAGCUACCGGGAUCUCAUCGAAUCCGCCGAUUCCAUCCUCCUCAUGAAGAAAUCCUGCCAAGCGGUUUCGCAAAACAUCCUCAACAUCCAAAGUGGUUUCAGAUCUAUCAAUACAGCCAUCUACCAGGCCCUCCCCCUUACACCCAAGCUGAUGAGAGACAACAAGAAAAUGGGAGAGUUGUAUGCAAUUGGGAGUCGGGUUAAGUAUUUGGUGGAUACCGCAGAGAAUAUAUGGGGGUGCUUGGAUGAACAUAUGUUUCUAGAAGCUUCUGGAAGAUACCUUCGCGCAAAGGAAGUUUACAGCUUACUUGUGGAGAACAAUAAGGAGCUUCUGGAGAAAUCUUUUCCCCUGUUGCGUCACCAGUGGCAGCUAGUGGAGAAUUUCAGGGGGCAGAUUUCUCAGAGAAGUAGGGAUCGGUUGUUGGAACAAGGUCUUGGAAUUGAGUCCUAUGCAGUAGCAUUGGCUGCAGUUGCUGUCAUUGAUGAGCUCAACCCUAAGCAGGUGUUUGCCCUGUUUCUUGACACGAGGAAGUCAUGGUUGAGGCAGAGAUCAGGCUUGGUAGGGUCUGGAUUGGGUGAUAAAGUAGGUGCUGUUAGUUCCAUUUUCUGUAAUGUGGUGAGAGUUAUACAGGUAACGCUAUGUCAGGCUGGGGAACUCUUCUUGGAGGUUCUAAAUGAUUUGCCUCUUUUUUAUAAGACUGUGUUGGCAGUGCCACCUGGAUCACAGUUGUUUGGUGGGAUACCAAACCCAGACAAUGAGGUGCAGUUGUGGAAAUCUCAUAGAGAGAAGCUGCAAGCUACCAUGACGAUUUCGCCGAGUGAAUUUAUAACAGAGUCUUGCUUAGCAUGGCUUAAGACAUGCGCAGAUGAUAUUCUCUCUGCAGAUAGGCUUGGGGGAAAGUAUUUGCUUGAUCUUGUGAAAAGUGGCAAGGAACUUGCAGAGAACGAGAAAUUGAUCAGAAAAACAUUGGACAGUCUGGAUGCGUUUGAAGGGAGCUUGGAGUGGCUAAAAACAGUUUUUGGUUCAAAUGUUGAGUUUCCAUGGCAAUGCGUGUGUGAGAUUGUUUUGAAGCACUCAAAGAGUCUGUGGGAUGACCUUUUUGAAAGCCUGUUUGUUAUUAGGAUGAAACAAAUAAUAGCUGAUGGAUUUACAGAUCUGCGUGAGAGAGUUAAGAUUGGUGAAUGCCUCGAAGCCAUAGUUACAUCUAUGGCAAGUCACAAAGAUGUUGAAGCUCAUUUGCACAAAUUAUCUACUAGUGAGGGCUGGCUUGUCAAGAGAGGGGACCUAAAAAGUGUCAAUUUACCUGGGUUGAGUUUUAGAUUUUUGAUGACAAAUGAUGAAGACUGGUUUGGUCGCCUUAAUGCUUAUUUUGGAACUGAGGUUAGCCAAAUAAAAGAUACCAUAGAUGAGGGGUCCAAGAAUAUCCUGGAAGACCUCUUAAGUUUUCUCCAUGCACAUAAAUCUUCUUCAAGGAUAAAUGAUCUAGCACCUUAUUUGCAAGAGCAAUGCUUCUGUUUUAUCUCAACAUUGAUUGUUGAGAUUGAAGAGCAUCUUGCACAUCUUUCAGAAGCUCUCUAUCAAAAAAUGAAAAUUGAGGAGAUGCCAGAAAAAUUGAACAAGGAGAAACUAGAACCAACAGUUAUAGUGGAAAGGGCACUUCUCUUAGGAAGGCUUUUAGUCACUCUCAGUUUUCAUUCAAAUUCCCUUCCACUAGUUCUUGGCUCUUCUCAGCUCUGGUUUGUUGAGAACAAAGCUUCAGUUUCAGGGAAAGGAUCUUCAACUUUCAGAUAUUCCAGUACUGAUUUUGAUUACCCUCUUCUAGACAAUUCUGGAAGACAAAUACUAAUGAGAGGGGUUAGUUUGAAGCCUGAAUCACAGGAUAAAAAUAAUAGCACCAAAUUGAAUAAACUAAGAAGAACUAUGCACAAUCUUUGUAUCAGAGCUUAUAGCAUGUGGAUAUUGUCGAUAACUGAAGAGCUUUCAGGCAUUCUUAAAAGAGAUCUAAGGGACGAUGAUUCUUUAUCCAUGACAACUCCUUUGAAGGGUUGGGAAGAAACUGAAUUGAAACAAGAGCAUGAGGGUGGAGGGCAACUGGAUACUAAGAUAUACCUACCAGCUAUGCCUUCACUAUAUGUUACUGCAUUUCUUUUUCAGGGAUGCCAAGAGAUUUAUAGAAUUGGUGGUCAUGUCCUUGACAAAAUAAUACUCCAACUCUUUGCUUGGAGAUUAUUGGAGAAGGUACUAAAUACAUAUGAAAAUUUUCUUCCAUCCUCAGAGGACUUUCAGAGCCAGGUCUCAGAAAAGGGUCUUCUACAAAUCCUAUUUGACAUACGUUUUAUUGCAGAUGUGCUUUCGGGUGGCCGUGAUGUACCUUUGGAUACCAUAAAUGCUGGCAAACAAGAUAAUUGGCCUGAUAGAGAUCGUACUUCACCUGCAAGUUCUAAGAGUAAGCCAGCAAAUUCUGAAGCACCUGAAGCCUCCAUGAGAAAGCGUGUUUCUGUUUUGACUCAAAAUCUUUCUAAAAAGCUUGAUCCAAUAGACUGGGCCACAUAUGAGCCAUAUCUUUGGGAGAAUGAAAGACAAUCUUAUCUACGAGGUGCUGUGUUGUUUGGCUUGUUGGUACAAUUGAAUCGCAUGUACACUGAUACUAAACAGAAGCUUCCGACACACUCUGAUAGAAACACUAUGAAGGGCAACACAGCAGCUCCUCGGUUAAAAUACCUUCCAAUCAGUGCACCAAGUUUGUCAUCAAAUGGAACGCCUUCAUCUGCUAUGCACCAGGCAUUCUCAGAUGACUUGACCGCAAGAGGUUCAUGGAAAGGGUUUUCAAAUGGCAAUCUCUCUUCAAAGUUUGAUUUUGAAGACACAUCAAGCUUUGGAGUUGCAACACCUCUUUUGAAGUCACUCAUGAGCCAGGUUGGAAGCAGAUUUGGAGAGGGAACAUUUAGGCUCGGUUCAAUGCUAAGUGAUGGCCAAGUUGGUAGACUAAAGGACAAAUCAGCAGCUGCCAUGUCCACGUUUGGUGAUAUGUUACCUGUACAGGCUGCAGGUCUUCUGUCAUCACUUACUGUGGGUGCAGGCAGACCAGAAUAAGAGAAGUCAGGAAUUUGAUUGCAACAUUACUGUAUUCAAUGUGUUUCGGGGGACCUAAAGUAUAGGCUGGCUUGUGAAUUCUGAACAGGAUAACUAAUGUUGGUUUAUUGGUUCUGUUCUUUUCCAAGUGGGUUCCAUGAUCUAUCACAUUUGUCUUAGGAACAAAGUGUACAAGGAAAACAUCUUAUUUACAAGAUGAAAAAAUGAGUUGUCAUUUCACCUUUGCUGCAUCAAUAUUAUUCAGGGAAGGAAUUUUUCGCAAUAACAUAGAGAUAGCAGGAGGUUCGAUGUUGAAAUCUACCAUUUAUUGUAAUAAAUUGUGUACUUGCAAGAGAUUCUUUUGUAUAUGAUCAAGCUAUUUCUGAGUCAUCAGUCAGUUACCCUGUAUAGUUUGCAAUAUUUUUUUUGGAAUAAUUCAUUACUUUCUAUCCACAUUGAUCAUAUUGAAUUUGAUGAAAUACAAAUUCAUAAGAAUUUUGUGAUUGCAUCUUUGUAUACAACCAAUAUUUUUGGCACUUUCUAUAAUUUAUUAGAGUUGUGUGAGUCAUAAUCA